AACAAAUAGAGAGAGAAUUUGGCUCCGUUUAAUGGCGGCCAUUUCAGCUUCUACAUACCCCGCCGCCGGCGUAUCGCCAUUCUCUCAGCGGAGAGCCACCUCCUCAUACCGAGGAAUACGGAAUCUCAGUCGGAUUUUAGCUGUUUCAACAGAGCGGGGUGGGAGAGGAACCGGUUUUGGAGAGAAUGGAAAGCACGAGAAGCAGAAACUGAAUCAGAAAGUGGUGAAGGAAGAAAGUGAGGUGAAACCUAAUAUUUACGCAAAUCCGGAGAAGAUACCGGAGUUUGAGGAAGAUAAAAAGUGGUUAAGGGAUUACUUUGAAGAGUGUAAAGAGAUGAUCAGAUCGGACGGCGGUCCGCCUCGUUGGUUCUCACCUUUGGAGUGUUCUUCUUCUACCUCGCCAGAUUGUCCCCUGCUUCUGUUUUUGCCUGGGAUUGAUGGCACCGGGCUUGGACUUAUAAUGCAUCAUCAUAAGCUAGGAAAGAUGUUCAAUGUUUGGUGCUUGCAUAUUCCAGUGCAGGAUAGAACUCCGUUUAAUGAGCUAGUGAAGAUUGUGGAAAGAACAGUUAGGUCAGAGAACUAUAGGUCGCCAAACAGGCCAAUAUAUCUUGUUGGAGAGUCUAUUGGAGCAUGCCUUGCCAUUUCUGUCGCAGCUCGGAAUCCAGACAUGGACCUUGUACUUGUUUUGUCUAAUCCAGCAACAUCUUUUAGUCAGUCACAGUUGCAACCACUAAUACCUCUACUGGAGAUGAUGCCCGAUCAGUUCCCAAUUAAUCUCCCUUACAUAUUUAGUUUAGCAACAAGUAAUCCUUUGAGGGUGCUGAUGGAUAACGUUGUGAAAAGAGGUCCUCUGCCCCAAAUUAUUGGAGAGCUAUCACAAGAUCUUGCUACAAUGUCAUCAUACCUCCCAGUUCUGGCUGAUACUGUACCCAGACAAACGCUUCUAUGGAAGCUAAACUUGCUCAAAUCUGGUUCUGCAUGUGGCAACUCAUGCCUUCAUGCAGUUAAAGCUCAGUUGCUGAUACUUUGCAGUGGAAGAGAUCAGCUGUUGCCUAGUCAAGAAGAAAGUCAAAGACUUCAAAAGGCACUACCAGAUUGUGAGAUUCGUAUGUUUGAAGAAAGUGGUCAUUUUCUCUUCCUGGAAGAUAAUGUUGAUUUGGUCACAAUCAUCAAGGGAGCUUCUUUCUACCGCCGCGGGAAGCACUUUGACUGUGCCUCAGAUUUCAUGCCACCAACACCUAGUGAAUUCAAAAAGCUACAUGAUUCGAUUAGCUGGGUUCUUACAGCAACCAGCCCUGUGAUGCUCUCAACAUUAGAAGAUGGGAAGGUGGUCAGAGGACUUGCGGGAAUUCCAUCUGAGGGACCAGUCUUGUUUGUCGGCUAUCACAUGUUAAUGGGAUUUGAAGUUAUUCCAUUGGUAGCUCAAAUUAUGAUGGAGAGAAAUAUUCUAGUUCGUGGGAUCGCACAUCCAGCGAUGUUUGUAAGAGUGAAAGACAGAAGGCCGCCGGAGCCGGAGCUAUCAGAUUUUGACGUAAUUAGAGUAAUGGGUGCAGUGCCUGUCUCAGCAGCAAACUUUUACAAACUUAUGUCCUCAAAAUCUCAUGCUCUGCUGUACCCUGGUGGCGUACGUGAAGCCCUUCAUAGGAAGGGCGAAGAAUACAAGCUAUUUUGGCCAGAUAAAUCUGAGUUUGUUAGGAUGGCAGCCAGAUUUGGAGCCAAAAUUAUUCCUUUCGGUGUUGUUGGAGAGGAUGAUUUCGCUGAGAUUAUUUUGGAUUACAAUGACCUAAUGAAGAUUCCAUGGAGGAGGGAAGAAAUAGAACGCGUUACAAGUCGGACUGCAAAACUGCGGACUGAUGCAAGUGGUGAGAUUGCAAACCAACAAAUGCAUAUACCAUGGGUGCUACCAAAAUUUCCUGGCCGGUUUUAUUAUUAUUUCGGGAAGCCGAUUUUGACCGAAGAGAUGAAGGUGGAGCUAAGGGAGAAGAAGAAAUGUGAUGAAAUGUAUUUACAUAUAAAGUCAGAGGUGGAGGGUUGCAUUGAUUUCUUGAAAAACAAAAGAGAAAAGGAUCCUUAUAGAAAUCUAUUAUCUCGGGUGUUGUACCAAGCCUCUCAUCCUGGUUCUACCUCUCCCUUUCAUCUUCCAUCUUUUGACCUCUGAUUCUGAUUUUGAUUUUCCUCUUUCUUUCCUUUCGCAUGUGUAUGAUAUAAACAAAU